CCGACAUAAGCAUGCACACAAAAGAGACUAUUUCUCCCUGAACACUUCGCCUAAAAACUCUUAUUUAAAUACCUGAUAAAUCAAUGACGAUCCUUAAUAAGAUAAGGAGAGUUACCCAGUGCAAACCAUCUAUUUUACUUCUCGGAGACACAUUUUACACUAUAAAGAUUGAUGAUGUAAUAAAAAAACAGCUGUAUUUUAUGAACAGUGUACUGUAGAAACCCUUAAAAUGAAAGGAAAAAUGAGAUAAAUUAUAUCCAUAUUACAAAGCAAAGUAAAACAUUGUGGACUGUGUCCAAUCAUAAUAAAAGCGUUUUAUGAUAAUCUCUAUCCAGCACUGUCAAAACAUUUUUCAGUUCCUUCAAACAGCUUUUCUCCCUCUACAGCAAAUUGUUGAAAUACACUAACAGCACUCUAACACCAUCUGUCGCUUUUCUGGUGUACUGCAGAGCGACUGCUCUCUUAUCAGCCACUAGAGGGCGUAAUGAGUCAGGAAUUUCAUUAUAAUGCCAAGCAUGUCAGAUCUGGCACUGGGCAUUCCAUAUCUCUCCAAGAAGCCAGUCUCCUCCAGAGUGCUCCUGUCCACAGCCAUGUUGUCCCUAAUGCUAACCUCAGCAACAAAGCCAACUGUAUUUGUAGAAGCUGGUAUGGAUUUCAGCACAUCUCCUGGACAAAGUUUAAUUAAAACAGAUUUUCCACAGAGAACGAGGACAAAGCCAAAGGAAGAGAGAACAUAAGGAAAGAUGGGGGACUUUCAAACAAAAAAACUGGAGUAAAAUAUAUAAUUAUAUUGUAUUAUAUUAAACAAUAAUUGUGGCUAAAGUGAGCUCAACGCCCGAAAGUCGAUUAACCCUUUAAUGUGUGAGAUCACAAAUAUGCAAAUAGAAUGGUCUUAACUGAACAUUCUAAUCCUGAUGUAGCAAUCACUUCUGGUAAUGGAAGGCGAUGGAGUUCUAGAACACUGACUUAGAAUGUUGGAAACAUAUUCCAGAAAACCUCAUCUUCAAAGGGCUGAACCUAUCGAAAGUGCUGUUAUCCAUUUCAUAUGGCUGUGUGAAGGGCUGUUCCCUCACAACUGACAGUCCUAUUGCAUUUAUAUAAUCGAUCUGAAUUAAUAACUGUGAAUGGUUACAGAACAGAGAUCUGAACUUGAUUAAAAGGAAAAGAAAGAUCAAGAUGAUGGUGUGAUCGGGACAUUUUAAAAUAGUCCUGCAAUCACUUCCUUUUGUUCAGCAGUUCGUAUUCCAAAAUUUGAAUGAAUGGAUUUUAUAUUCUGAUAUUCUGACAGCCUUGCUAGGCGCAGACAGUGUAAAAUCAAUGCUGUUCUUUUUUUUUCAUGGAUUGAGGAGGCACUACAUCUGAAACCUCAGAUUGAGUUUUCUCAAAGGAUAAGAGACUGGACGCUGAGGCACUACAAAAAAAAAAACAAAAAAACAAAAGAACAAAACAGGCACGGGCUACUUCUAGUGAGUGACAUCACUGGACAAACAUCCAGCGGGCCCGGAAGUCUUUGGGCAGGGGGGGCCCAGCGGGAUGUGACAACAGAAGGUCACACGUCGACUACCCGCUGCAUAACGACCCUGGGACGUCCCGUACCGCUCACGCAAAGCCAAGGCGUGGCUCCGGGAAAAACAAAAAGAGCUCUGAUUGGUAGAUAAGGGGCUUGGGUACUUCUCCUAAUCACUUUUCCCUAUGAAUCGCUGGUGGAGUCUUUGAGGGAAACAAACAAACAAACAGAUGAACUAAUGAAUGAAUGGAGGAACGAACACCUCAGUUCUGAUAUAGUCUAUUCACACGCACGUUCCUGUAGUCACAUCCUCAAUCUGAGACCCUGGCUGGAGGACUGGGGAUUGCAAAAUGACUGAAAACCCCUUAAAUCGGCCAGCACAGAUUUGUUAAAUGUUUGAGGCAAGUAAUAGAGUCCACAAGACUGGCCAUGUGUAAUUUGGACAAGCCCUCAACUGUACUCACAAUUAUUGCGUAAAACUGUUUAACGGUUCUUGUAAAACACUUAUUUGUCAUUUAAUGGCAGAUGGGUAUGACAGUGACAAAUAAUUUCACUGAUUUGCACUGUGCAAGAAUAAUGUUAUUUUGGAGGCUUUAAAGAUUAAAGAUUUUUAAUAAUUAACCUGACCAACAUUCAAUUUUUCCUCUGUUCUAUUCUUAGUUAUGAAGGAAAUGACAAACUGAUUAACCCUUUGAAGAGUAGGUUAUUUUGGAAUUCUUUUUCUGAAGUUAGUCUUCUAGAACUCAAUUGCUUUCAAUCACCAGUAGUGACUGUUACAUCAGUAUUAGAAUGUUCAGGUACACCAUCUAAUCACAUAUUUGUGACCUUACAUCUAAAAGGGUUAUUUCUGGUUAAAUGAAAUCCAAAACUGGCCAAUCAGUGGACAUCACACCUCGUCAGACAUUUGCAUCCAAAUCUAAGAUGGUAGAGUACUGAAAAAUCACAAUAGGGCACAUCGCAUCCCUCCUUAUCUCUCUUCACUGGCUGCCAGUUACAGCUCACAUCAGGUUUAAAACCUUGGCACCAGCCUACAGGACAGUGAAUGGAGCAGCUCCACAACAACUCCAGUCUAUCUUUAAACCUCACAUACUGGACCAAACCUUUCCACAACCCUGAGGCACAGGGGUGGAGCUAAGGGGGUAUAUAACAGGGGCUGUUUUUUUUCGGGCACGAGUGGAUCCAGUGGGUUCACUCACUGGGGUGAGUAUGCAUGUGCAUUAUGUGCAUGCGUUUACAUUUGCUAUUGGGGCAUUUCUCAUAUUUUUUUCCCCUGCUCAGAUUAUUUAUAGAUCCAUCCCUGCCAGGGUGUCUGUCCGCUCCCUGCGUGAUCUCUUGUGCCAGGCAUGAUGCGUAUACAGGCCCCACUGUGGUGGAAUGAACUUCCAAUGGAGGUCAGGGCAGCGGAAUUCCAGAACAUUUACAGACACAGACUAAAGACCCACCUCUUCCAUCUUCAUCUAUGGCUCCCUUCAUAUUUGCAGCUACACUACAGUUUUUUAGUCUUACACAAUUAAUGUAGGAUUAUAAUAGCAUGUCUUAUAGUUUUAUAUGAAUAUCAGCUACGUGUACCUAAAUUGUGUUAGGGUUAGAGGUAAAUGGUAAUGGUAAAUGGACUGCAUUUACCAUUACUGCAUUUAGGUACUAGUAAACUGACAUUUGGUGAUUAUUAACGUUGAACACACGUUGUUGUUCUGUGGAUGUUGUAAUCCAAGUCAGACACACAACUCUGGUGGAUACACUUAGGCUACAUUUUACAUGAUAUUUUAUGUUAUUUAUCACUGUAAGCCUUAUAUCAGCGUUCUUGGAAAAAAACUAUGUCCCUGGUUGUAUAUUCAAAACAGUAAAAACGUUCAAUUUGGUAAAGAGUCGGUCAUUGAGAAUUGGGCCGACCCUUGAUUGCAAGUCGCUGUGGUUACGCGCGUCUGCUAAAUGAACGCAACGUAAUGACAGAGCGUGUUGAUCUCAACGCUGUCGACGAGGAUGCUGAAAAUAUUCCGCUUAAGUCUUAAUAUUGCCUCCUUCUCGCUGCUGGGAAUGAUCUGCCACGCCCCCAUGGUAGAUCGAGCCCAGCAGGUCCGAGACGGACAGCGUUCUUGUCUUUUUUUAUUUUAUUCACGUGGAUUUAUUUUCUCACGAAAUAAACCGUUUCUUCUUGCUCCAGAUACUUUCUCGCUGGUCAGAGUGACCUCAUUUCCAUCUCGAUGUCAGCACUGGGGAGGCAGUUCCUGAGUUUCUGACAGUUUUGACUUGUUGCGCAUGUUUUAUUCGCGCUGCAAGGUGCCUAGCCUUUACUACUAUUCCAAAGACGCAGGUCUGUUUCGAGCGCAGAUGGAUUCCUCGGGGCGAAGGCUGGCUUAUCUGAAACAGUUUUCCGUCGUGUUUACUUCCCGGCUAACAUGUACAGACUGCUGAUGUCAAACAGCGCUCCGCCGCAAGGAUUUGAGUUAAUUUAUUUCAAAACAAGAGCCUGGACCGUGCAUGCGUGAAAUGGGACGUUCCACUCCAAAGCGGAUACUGGUAUUACACGUGGAAGCGCGAUUAUUAACUGUGACACAGAAAGUCCCUAGCUUCGGCAGGUGUAGACGGCGUGGUCGUACAGUGGCAUUAUAGACUUACUUUAUUCCCGGGCGUUUGACUCUCAGUCUUUGAUAAAAGCCGAGCGUUCGAACAUGAUCUCAGAGACCGAGAAUGUUGCUCUGCUUCAGCUCUCCGAGACAGAGGUGGCGGCUCAUUGACAUUUUCUACUACAUCCUUCUGCUGUGGACCAAAGAAAUGGACGGACUAGCAAACUUUUCAAAUUACUUGACCCGGAUCAUCCAGAGUCACGCCGCUCACGCCUGCGACGGCGAGCGAAUGCGCCUGCAUUGCCCUCGACACUCAACCAUAUCGGUACUGUCGGCGUUUUACGGCCUCUCCGAGACGGAACACUGUGGCCCCGCGACCGGUGUGCGCGAGCCGUCUGACAGGACCUGCUCCUCCUUCACCGCCUUACAGAAGUUGUUGGCGGAGUGCCAGGGUCAUCGUGACUGUCAGCUCCUUGUGAAUAAACAGGUGUUUGGGCGUGACCCCUGCCCCGGGACCUCCAAGUACCUCCACGUGUCUUACAAAUGCAAGCCCACCGAACACAGAAAGAAGGUGGGGUGCCAGGGGGAGCAUGUGAAGUUGCGCUGUAAGUACCCCCGGGUGCUCAACAUCUACGCGGCUGCCUACGGCCGGGCGAUGGAAGACGAAGAGUACUGCCCUUCAGACGACAAGGAGCCGCCCCCUUUCGAGUGUUUAUUCCACGGGGCCGUGGACGUCGUGACAAAGGCCUGCUACGCCAAACCGAGGUGCGUCAUCGCCGUCAACGACCAGAACUUCAGAGACCCCUGCUUUCCAGGGAUAAGGAAGUACCUCACCAUCCUGUUUGCCUGCGUGCCUCAGACCCUGCUCAGAGAGGCCGACCCGAAUGCUUUCAGCGUUCCCGGCCCUACGUCGGUUCCGAAACGGAGCAACGAUUCGGGAGUGCCUCCAUAUCCGAAGGGAUCACGACUCCCAGACAAGAGACGGUUUAUUUUGAGUAACUCCCUGACGGCCUACGGUUACAUUAAAGAGCACCCCGAGAUGGCCGCCCUGCUGUUUGUCUCCAGCACGUGCGUGGGGCUGAUCUGCACCCUGCUGGCCGUGUCCGUCAGGCUGUCCUGCCGCCAGGCCUCGGGGGGCGGGGCUCGGCGCAAGGCCCCGCCCAAAAAGGGGGCGGGGCGGAGGGAGGAAGAGGGGGCGGGGCGGAGGGAGGAAGAGGAGGCGACGGCGGGGGAGUCGGAGGCCAGCGCCUCCUCCGUCUCCGCCGGCGACAGGAAGGGCUCGUUCGGCUGGGAGGCGACACCGCAGACGCUGGAGGCGGCGGACUUGGCGGAGAGGAUCGAGCGGCGGGAGCAGGUCAUCCAGGAGAUCUGGAUGAACGCGUACCUCAACGGGACCCCCGCGGGACCUCGCUGACCCGUACCCGGCCCUCCACCUCGUCCCGAACACACCCACGGAACGGAGUGCAGCCAAACCAGUCCAUAAAGGACCAUUUAUUUUAACCAUCUGGUCAGCUUGCCUAUAAAACGAUAUGGGCCAAGUAUAUAACAAACUAUGAACGCACUCUGUUUAGAGUAAGCUUUGGGAUGGGUCAGUUUAGACCCCGCAGCCUUCUUUGUUUCUGGUUUGAUUUCACAAACGAGGCGACGAUCAAACAUUUACAGGAGACUUACUUCUAAGUCCACAGUGAUUAACUCACGGUGAUAUCCAGUGCCAAAGAUACAGGCAUGCUAACACGCAGCCUCGUCCUGACCGGGUCAUUGUGAACGACCGGAACGUUAAGCUAACUCUCGGUGCGGUCAGCGUUCCUCCUGGUGAAUCCGCCUUCAGCUCCACCUCUGCACAGGAGCCCUCCUGCUCUUCCUCUGCGCCUGACGGAAGCUUUACUUUGGCACUGCGCGGUUCCGCGGAACGUUCCGGAACACGGCGGUCUCGGGCGAGGCAGCGCCGCGGGGGAAGACGUUGGCCGCGGGAGCAACAUCCUGUCCUGGAACGGCGUCGGGAUCUUAACGCCGCCGUCGGCAAUUCGCCGGGACAAAGAGAGGAAAGGUGUUGCAUCCUUCUCCGAGCGAGAGGAGAGAGAGAGAGAGAGAGGGAGAGAGAGAGAGAGAGAGAGAGAGAGAGAGAGAGAGAGGGAGAGAGGGAGAGGGAGAGAGAGAGAGAGAGAGGGAGAGAGAGAGAAGGAGAGAGCACAAAGGCCCCUUCGGUUCUGAACACCACUGUGCUGAUGCCAAGACUCAACACGGCGAUUGACAAGACACGACAAAACAUUCAGUUUUUCCAGAUUUUUAAUUCACAAGUACUGAAGACUAGUACGCUAACUAGCACGCGCUGCUUAAACCAACUGGCGAGGCGCAUCCAGGAAAAGCCAAGAAACUCCAGCGGGGCUCAGCAGAAACGUGUCAGAAGCCACACUGAGAGUCCACAGGUAAGGGGCCCGACACCUGUGCUAGUCCAAGGGUAAGGGUCAAACAGACCCCCCCCCCCCGCUCUGGAGAAAGAGUUCACCGGGGACCCCAUUUGAUGUUCGUGAGACCCUGAAACUGCCUCUUCAGCGCCUGCCUGUCCGACCACUCGGACUGAAGGUGUGAGUCAUCGUCCACUUCCUCCAGCUUCUGUAAACCGGCGGAGAGUCAGAGGUAAACGAACAGAGCAAACGUGGCAUCCAGCAGCAAAAUGGCUGUUGACAGACAGACAGACAGACAGAAACAGAAAAACAGGCACAGACUGCUGCAGUGUACGUGUCUGUCUUUUUCCAGGACAAUAAAGUUUUCUCUCCCACCUUGAGCUCCUCCUGCCGCCGGUAGUAGUGCAGCAUCAUCUGCUUCUGCUCCUCGGCGUUCACCACCGGCUCCCUCGCUGGCGCCCCCUGGCCUCUCUGCGAAGAAACGCACCCUGACGUUUCACAGACUAACUCACAGAAAUAUCGGACAACCGGAGAGAGUUACACAGGGUGCUCAAAACCUGAGGUAAAUCAUAGACAGGUUACACAGGCACAGUUUGUCAUCUGUUGAUGAAUUUCAUUUUUUUUCUCCUCACAGAUUAUUUUCUCUCAAAAUUGCCUGAUUACACUGAUUAUACUGGUGGAAUAAUAAGGACCAGCACCGAAUGUGAUGACCCCUGUAAAUUAUUUUGGCCAUAAAUUAACUGAAGAAGAGCCUGUGGACGUCAUUGUGGAAGAUUAAGCCAUUUACUGUGUUUUUUUGCCACUAAAACGUAAGUUAAUAACAAACAAACAUUGAGAAAUGUUCCCAUGAAACAUGGUACUUAUCAAACUACCUUCCAUUAGUAUAAACUACAAGUGAGAAGUCUCUUGCUAAAAUUACUUGUUUCAUAAACCAGUCUAUGAAAAUGAGUUGCAAGACUAGGUGAGGUUCAUCGUGUCCCCCUCCGCACCUUCUGGAUUUUGACGACGAUCUUGGUCUUCUCGUUCUUGCCCACGUAGUCCUGGAGCUUCUUGCCCCUCUGUAGCUCCUUGGCUGCCCACCAGAGCUGGGCCUCCUGCUCGGGGAUGACCUGCAGCGAGGCCUGGGGGAGGAAAUCCAGGGAGGAGGAUGAAACCCCCCAAAAAAAAAACACUUUAGAGCAGAGGGUGGAGAAGCUGAAGAUUGUUGUUGUGUCUCCAUAUGAAAUAUGUCACUGUGGUCUAAUCUAUGGGCAAACCCGUGUUGGUGUACACAGCUGUUUAGCUAACUGAACCAGGGUAACUGGUGUAACACAAACCCGCACACGCACCCCAACCUCCAGGAAACACAUGACUAAAUAUCACAAUAAAUUGGAACAAAAUAGAAGGACAUGAACACUUUAAUGGUCUGCUUAACUGACUAUCUCAGUGGUUAUUUUCUUGGCUUGCCAGUUAAAGAGUUCAGAGGCGUGGCUUUACUUGGUAUCCUACAUACCUGUGUUCCGGCGAGAUCUUCCUGGUUCUCAAACUCCAUCCUGAUUGGGUCGUGAGGGGGCAGGCCCAUGGGGUACACGAUCAUGACCGCGCCCCGGAGCUGGUCCAGAGCCUCUUUCACCGUCUCCAUGGUGACGCACACGCCUGCCAGCACUUGUUUCUGAAAAAAAACCAUGACACGGAUGGUUUCAUCUUGACGUGUUUUUUAUGUCCAUGGUGUCUGAAUAUGGGGUGAUGCAUCAGUGCUCGGUCAAAUAGCUCACCAGGACAGUAUCAACAGAGACCCCUGGACACUGCCUAAAUUAUGUAAACUACUGUAUAUGCACAAAUAAAGCUUUUGAAACUAUAUUUGCACAAAUAUAA